UUGAACUGCAAGGAAAAUAAGCUUCACACACAACUUCAAUUUACACAACUUCAAUUUCGCUGAAGAACAAAGAGAAUAAUGCAGCUCGCCAACAUUCCUCUUUUUGGCCUUGUUCUCCUGUUCUUAAAUAUGCCGCUGAGCAACGAGUAUCCUGUCUACAACGGUUUACUGACCAAUGAUGACAUGGAGGUCUUAAAUGUACUUCUCCAUCAACUUGAAAAGUCCUUUCCUGAGCGGAGUGAGGUCGAGCAAGUCUCCACAGAAAAGUUGGACGACGUCACUCCCGAAGACAUGGCAAUGGUUGCAGAGGAUGAGAGAGAGCAACCACAAACAAGACUGGACAAAGCCGUCAUAAGAGAGUUCCUCUCGGCUCGGGACCUGAAAACUGUCCGAAACGACUCAACAUCAAAAAGAUACUCAGGCUGCUUCGGGCGAAGGAUGGACCGAAUUGGCUCAAUGAGCUCUCUUGGAUGCACCACGGUUGGCAAAUACAAUGCAAAGAGAAGAUGAAGUCUUACACAUAACCUGGAACAGCAACGUCAUUACUUACCAAAAUGUAUUCUUAUUUAUAGGCUACGUAUUUAUUUUAUUAUAUUUAUUGAACUUUGUUUAUUGCCAAUAUAUUUAUUUGAACUGAUGUAAGAUGGUGUCAUGGUGUACAAUAAAUGUUUACAACUGAGCACAAAA